AUGCCCCUCAAAUCCGACCUCCAGCUCGACGCGAGCAAGUUCGGCGAGAAGAAAAUCUCCGAACAAACGAAGAAGUUCAACGAUGGGUUGAUAAAGGUGAUGAAUUCCGGACCGAAGUGGUAUGAAGUCGGCGCAGAGAAAUACCGCCAAAUGCGCUGGAACGGCGAGACGCCCAUGCCCAAACCGACCGUCCUCGAAACAGGGAAAAACUCCACCCUCCCCUCCCGAGAAGCAGGUCGAGAUAUCUCCAUUCGAAUCUUCACGCCUGAGAACGGCCCCUCCAAAGGCAUCUUCUACCACAUCCACGGCGGCGGCUGGGUCCUCCAAUCCGAAGCCUACCAAGACCUGCAACUCGCCUACUACGCCAAUAACGCCUCUUUGACCGUCAUCUCCGUCGGGUACCGUCUCGCGCCCGAGCAUCCCUUUCCGCAGGGCAACGAGGACUGCUUCGACGUCGGCGAGUACCUAGUCGACCACGGGGAGAGAGAUUUCGGCGUCCCGCUCUUAUUCAUGGGCGGGGACUCCGCCGGCGGACAUCUCAGCGUCGUGACGACAUAUCAUCUCCUCAAGACGCGGCCGGCGUUUGCGUUCAAGGGCCUGGUGUUGAAUUAUGGGAGUUAUGAUCUGAGUGGGUUUUUGCCGCAGGCGUGGCAUUUCGAGUUGCCGCUCGUGUUGACGGUGGAUAUUAUGCAAAAGUACGUGGCGGCGUAUUGUCCGAAUACGACGCAGGAGCAGAGACGGGAUCCGUGGAUUUCGCCGUUGUUUAUGGACUUGAAUAAGUUGAAGCUCCCUCCUGCCUUGUUCACAUGCGGCACCCUCGAUCCACUCCUGGACGACUCGGUGACGAUGUCCGCGAAGUGGCAGAUCAGCGGCGCUGAGGCGAUUUUGAAGAUAUACCCUGGCGCGCCGCACGGGUUCUCGUUCUUUCCAAUUGGCGGGACUGAGACCACCGAGGAAGGGCUGAAGGAUAUCUGUACCUUCAUGAACGAGAGGAUCUCAUGA